CCAGGAACCGCAUACUAUCCUACUACAUAGUAUGAGAAUAUCAUAGACUAGGGAAAGAUGGUGUCCUGUUGAAUCCUGUCCUCUUUAGUAGGGUAGUAUGUGCUUCCGCACUUACAGCAUUCCCAGACGUAGCCGGUGUGUGUUGAGCCCAUACACAUCAUCGGAGUCAGGAAUGAGUAAUUAAAUACAGUGCAAACUUUUCCACACUUUGGAUUUGGAGGACGCGAUGUGGCGGUCAUUAUAACAGCGUCUUGCUGCCUGGAUUCACGACACAGAUCCUUCAUUGCUGAGGAGACUUUCAUCAAGUUAGCGCGUGAACUGGAGACUUCGGGGAAAUCAGACAAUGCUGUGGAGACCUUCAUCAGGAUUUUUGUUCCAUUGCACCUUCUUGUGCCUGGCUACAGGGACACAGUCCACCAGCGCACUACCCAGUGCCUCGAAAAGUUUGGUCUGGGGCCUGGGACUCGAACCGACCGCCGUGCUCCCUGCUCGGUUCUUCUUCAUCCAGUCUGUGGACCAGGCCGGGGAAAAUUUUACAACUUCGCCUGGAGCCAAUACAUUUGAAGUGAAGAUCACCUCCCCAUCAGAACCUUUCUCCAGGAUCUGGGUGCAGGUUUUAGACCGUCAGGAUGGAUCGUUUCUGGUGCGUUACCGCAUGUAUGCCAGCUACACAGAUCUCAACAUUCAGAUCCUACUGAAGACUAAUCAUGUGGCCAAGUCUCCGUACGUCCUCAAAGGUCCAGUCUACCAUGAGUCAUGUAACUGUCCAGAGCCCAGUGGUGCACUGUGGGAGAAGCACAUGCACUGUCCCUCGUCAUUUUCCCAGAUCCAGCACGAUCUGUCAGUCUUUCCUAAAGUAGACCUAGAACGCAAUGCCCACGAAAUCCCUCAGCGCUUUGGCCAGAGACAGAGCCUGUGUCACUACACCAUCAAAAAUAACCAGGUGUACAUCAAAACACAUGGCGAGCACGUUGGCUUCAGGAUCUUCAUGGACGCCUUUCUCCUCUCUCUCACACGGAAAGUUAGGCUUCCAGAUGUUGAGUUCUUUGUGAACUUGGGCGACUGGCCCCUGGAGAAGAGACGGACCUCUGAGAAACUCCAUCCCAUCUUUUCUUGGUGUGGGUCCAACGACACUCGAGAUAUCGUUAUGCCAACCUAUGACCUCACAGAGUCUAUACUGGAAACAAUGGGAAGAGUAAGUUUGGACAUGAUGUCGGUGCAGGCAAACACGGGUCCUGCGUGGACUGAGAAGAAUACUACAGCUUUCUGGAGGGGUCGUGACAGCAGGAGAGAGCGACUGGAGCUGGUGAAACUCGCACGAGCGAAUCCUAGGUUGCUGGAUGCUGCUUUCACUAACUUCUUCUUCUUCAAGCAUGAUGAGAGCCUUUAUGGACCACUCGUCAAGCACGUUUCCUUCUUUGACUUCUUUAAGUACAAGUAUCAGAUAAAUGUUGAUGGAACGGUGGCUGCGUAUCGAAUGCCCUAUCUUCUGGCUGGAGACAGUGUCGUGUUGAAGCAGGACUCCAUAUACUACGAGCACUUCUACAGCCAGCUCCAGCACUGGGUUCACUACAUCCCCAUCAAAGCAGACCUCAGUGACCUGUUGGAGAAGAUCCAGUGGGCUAAAGACCAUGAUGAAGAGGCUAGGAAAAUUGCACAGGCUGGUCAGCAGUUUGCACGUAACCAUCUGAUGGGUGACAGUAUAUUCUGUUACUACUUUAAACUCCUUCAGGAAUAUUCAAAGCUGCAAGUAACUGAACCUAAAAUACGUGAUGGCAUGGAGUUGGUAGAGCAGCCCAAAGAUGACCUUUUUCCAUGCCACUGCCACAGGACCCAGGUCAAAGAUGAGCUUUGAGGGUCCACUUACUGCCUGAAACGACUGCCUUAUUAUCUCGGCUCAUCAUGUUCGGGUCACUUUCCCCAAGUGCAGAUCUUAUUGGAACGAGCAACUCUCAAUAUUUUCAGUGCAUUUUCUCUGUGUAUUUUCCAUUGUCAUUAUUUAUAAUGUAAUGUUUACUUCUUUUCUUUUCUUUUUUUUUAAAUCUUGACAUUAAAUGUACUCAUUUGUAAAACUAGAUUUUGGACUCCUCAAACCAGAAAGUGAACAUUUUAGCUGGAGAUUAACAGACAAUGAUAAUAGUUUGCUGGAGCAAGAAGGAUUUUUAUUUGUAUGUAUGCCAGGAUGCGCAAGAAGAAGGGCAUCUCUCCCUGAAGUUUUCUGAAGACCUGUGGUAUUUUAUACCGACAUGACUACCUGAUGUUGCUGUUAUUAUUCUCUGUGUCUUAUAUAUGUACUGUUUAUGUGGAAUGUACCGAGUGACAGGUGAAAUAUCUGAUUAAUGUCAUUUUAUUGCUAACA